GUCAUUGUUUGUUCUGCAAGUCUCGAGCCUUAUUUCUCAAGAAACUGUUCUGUUCCUUUGUCUUUGUUUCAUUGUUCCAAGUCCAACAAAUACGAUGGGACCAUUUCCCACCAAUAAACAUUAUUUUCAUUUAAUUAUACUACUUGUUUGAACCAACAAUGGCCGAAGCAAUUGCUUUCGACAUCGCUGCAGAGCUCAUUAUUAAGUUGAGCUCUCGUGUUCUCUUUCAAACUGGACUGUGGUGGAAUCUCAAAGACGACCUCGACGACCUCAAAUGCACGUCUCCUCAAUCAAAGCUGUGGUUCUUGACGCUGAAGAGCGAUCCGUGACCAGCCAUCUCGUCAAAGAUUGGCUUGAAAAGCUGAAAGAUGUACUUUAUGAUGCUGACGACUUGCUCGAUGAUUUCUCUACCGAAGCUUUGCGGAAAGAUCUAAUGGGUGGGAACAAGCUGACGAAAGAGGUACGCCUUUUCUUUUCAAGCUCAAAUCAGUUUGCUUACGGUCUCAAAAUGGGUAAGAAAAUUAAGGCCAUUAAGGCGAGAUUAGCUUCAAUUGAAAGUGAGGCCAACACUUUCGGCUUCAUGGUGCGUGACCGCCCAGUGGAAACCUCUUUCAUGAUUAAAAAGAGACAGCAAACAAACUCUUUUGUGAUUAAAGAUAAAAUAAUAAGGAGGGAUGAUGAUAAAGCGGCUCUUCUAAAACUCAUGUUAGAGUUUGAAAGUGAAGAGAAUGUUUACAUCAUUCCGAUUGUGGGGUUUGGAGGGUUAGGGAAGACUGCGUUGGCGCAGUUUGUUUAUAAUGAUAAAAUGGUCUAUGAUUAUUUUGAAUUGAGGAUGUGGGUGUGUGUUUCAGAUGUUUUUGAUGUCAAAAAAAUUUAGAAAACAUUAUCAAAUCUAUAACUGGCCAAGCACCAGAUCAAAAUCUCGAAAUGGACCAAUUGCAAAAACAACUUCGAGAUAAAAUUGGUGGAAAAAAAUAUUUGCUUGUUUCGGAUGACAUUUGGAAUGAAGAGAGGGAAUAAUGGGUUAGUUUAAAAGAGUUAUUGGUAGGUGCGGAUAAACAAGAUCACUACUCGCUCUUUUAAGGUAGCCUAGAUCACUAGUAAAUAUCAGCCUCAUGUUCUAAAAGGCUUGUCUGAUGACGGUGCUUGGUCUUUGUUCAAAGAAAUAGCAUUUGAGCAAAGAUAUGCAGACUCAACGAAUUCAGCCUUUGUGGAAAUAGGAAAACAGAUUUUAGAAAGGUGUAGUGGUGUUCCCUUAGUCAUAAGGACGAUAGCAAGUACAUUAUCUUACAAAGAAACUGAAAAGGAGUGGCAUUCUUUUAGAGAUAAUGAACUUGUUAGAAUAUCUCAAAACGAAGGUAAAAUUCUACCUACACUUUAGUUUAGCUACGAUCAUCUCCCAUCCCAUUUGA